GUAAAAUUAAGUAGAACGACAAAGUAUAACGAUCACUAUCAAAAUGUUCUAAUCUUUGACCCGGAUGAUAUAAAUAUUUUGUUGGUUUUAGUCGUAUACUACAAUUAAAAUGGUGUAUUAUAGAAUGUAGGAUUAACGUUAACAUUGAAGCCAAAUGAGAGAAGAGAUUGAAAGGCUAAUAAGUCAAAUAAAAUGGCUUUUGUAUUAGGAUAUACGGGAGAGACAGGGAAGGCAUUAGUUAAAGAGCUCAGCAAGAGAACACUGUUUAAAAAAAUAGUUCUUAUUGGAAGAAGAGAAGUUCAGCUAGACAAGGAUUUGGGUCCGGAAUUUGAACAAAGGGUUGUUGAUUUUGAACGAUUGAACGACCACAAAGAUACAUUUGAAGGUCUAGAUACAGGAUUUUGUUGUAUUGGAACAACCAGAGGAAAGGCAGGAAAAGAUGGAUAUAUAAAAGUUGACCAUGAUUACGUAGUUAAUUCAGCAGAGGUAGCGAAAUCUGUAGGAUGCAAACACUUCUUAUUGGUGACUGCUUAUGGAGCGAAUAAGGACAGUUCAUUCUUGUAUCCUAAAACAAAGGGGAAAGUAGAAGAAGAAUUAAAAGCCUUGGAAUUUGACAGAUUGUCAAUUUUUAGACCAGGGAUGUUGUUAUGUGACAGACAAGAGAGUAGACCCGGUGAAUCUGUCUUACGAUUCUGUUUUAAAGCGAUGCCGAAUUUUGUGAUAAAGGCGACGGCUAUUAGUACGGACAAUUUAGCUAAAGCUAUGGUGAACAGAGUUUCUGAACAGUCAUCUGAAAAAAUUGAAAUCAUUGAAAAUAAACAGCUAUAUGAUUUUUUAUGAAAAGCAAUUUACGAGCUGAAUCUUAAUUAUCCUUAACUGGUGUUCGAUAGACUAUUUUCAUAUUACCAAAUUUAGUACUCGGGUCAAGAACUUUAUCAGAGCAACUAAAAGAAGUAAAAUCAAUCUUACAAUCGGUGCAAAAGUCUAUUUAUAAUGACUUUUUUUGUAUUUUAUAUUGAUAUGUUAUUUUUGUUAUUUUGACAAAACAUGACAAUUUC